GUAGUAUAAUCUACUUCGAUCUCUGGCAGAAUCAAUCGUGGAGCAGAUAAAGAGGUGGGGGGCAUCUUCUGAUCGAAAAAAAAAAAAAAAUACCCGUAAAGCUAGCUUGAGUAGCUUAAGCGAAAAAGAAUGUUAAAGCAUCGGCCAAAGACUGACUUUACUAGGAGAGCACUUCCUUAGAGAACUCCCCGCCCGACUCAGGAUCGCUUGCUCCGCCCCCUGCAAUUCAGGUCCAGCUUCAGAGGAGCUCCACGCCAAGCCGCGCGAAAGUUUCGUGCGUGCGCAGUAGGCCCGCUCAGUGCCGCGUGGGAAAGGCGGGACUUCCCUACCUCGUGCGUCAUCUCCAGUGCGACGCUAGACGUCACUGGCUUGAUUGGGAAGGGCAAUUGUGGCUGCCGGCAGGCUCACGCCCACUUUACACCCCGGGUCGCCGGCGCAGGCGCAUAGUGGCCUUGGCUCAGUGGGGUUCGCGGCUCGUGCCUGGGGCCGCGGUUUCGAGCUCAGUCCGCUGCGGGGUGGAGAUGCUGUCUCGGCUCAGCGUUAGGUGGUUGCGGCCACUGCCUGCCCUGCCGCUGGGGCCCCUGAGUGCCCGGCUCGCGCCGGUCCCAACGGACAGCGCCAAGCGCUCCGCUUUGCCAGUGUGGGCGGUGGCGCCGGUCUCUGCAGUUGGUCCGGGCGGUGCCGGUGCCUGGUACGAGGUCUUGGCUACGUCGGCUCCGGUGCAAGGCGCCGAGGAGGUGCUGCUUAAUGUGCAGUCUGCCACGGGCCUGCCCUGGUGGGGCAGCAUUCUCCUCACCACCGUGGCCCUGCGUGGCGCCAUCACGCUGCCCCUGGCCGCCUACCAGCACUACAUCCUAGCCAAGGUGGAAAAUUUGCAGCCAGAAAUAAAAAACAUUUCAAGACAUCUUAACCAAGAAGUUGCAGUUCGUGCAAAUCAGUUGGGAUGGUCCAAAAGAGUUGCCAGGCUCACUUAUCUGAAGGCUAUGCGGAAGCUUGUUUCAGAGCUGUAUGUUCGGGAUAACUGCCACCCUUUCAAAGCCACUGUGUUGGUGUGGAUCCAGCUUCCAAUGUGGAUCUUCAUGUCUGUCGCUCUCCGGAAUUUGAGCACAGGGAAAACACAGUCUGAAGGUUUAUCUGUUCAGGAGCAGUUAGCUACUGGAGGGGUCCUAUGGUUUUCCGACCUUACCGCCGUGGAUUCCACUUGGAUUCUGCCCGUCUCUGUUGGUGUCAUCAAUUUACUGAUAGUGGAGAUUUUUGCUCUGCAAAAAAUUGGUACGUCUCGUUUUCAGACCUAUGUUACAUACUUUGUUCGUGCGGUAUCAGUGCUGAUGAUUCCAAUUGCAGCGACAGUACCUUCAUCGAUUGUUCUCUACUGGUUAUGCUCCAGCUUCGUGGGUCUUUCACAGAACUUGUUGCUGCGUUCUCCUAGAUUUCGCCAGCUUUGCCGAAUACCGUUAACCAAGUCCGAUUCAGACACUCCUUAUAAGGACCUCUUUGCUGCCUUUUACGCCAAGUUCAUUUCAAGGAAAUGACAUACUUUCUAGUAAUUUUGAAACAAUUUUAAGUUUCACUGUUAGUAUACCUAGAAGAUUUGGAAAUGCAAAUGUGACUUAAUUUGAUUUCAUUUAAAAUCAUAAGCUCUGUGGAAUUCCCAUCGUGGCUCAGCAGUUAAUGAACCUGACAAGGAUCCAUGAGGAUGCGGGUUUGAUCCCUAGCCUCGCGCAGUGGGUCAAGGAUCCAGCGUUGCUGUGAGCUAUGUUGCAGAUGCGGCUCCGAUGGCGUAGGCUGGCAACUGUGGCUCCGAUUCGACCCCUAGCCUGGGAACCUCCAUAUACCUUGAGUGUGGCCUUAAAAAGAAAAAUAAAUAAAUAAAAUCAUAAACUCUG